GGGCACACCCGGGAGUCGGCGGGAGUCAGAUCGCAGCAGUGCUCUCCCGGACCGCGGCUCGGCAGGACUAUUUAUUGCGCUGACAGUCUCCCGCCACACGAUCUAACUUCGACAACAAUCGCACAAUGGGUACAUAUCAGAUCGCUUCGGCCGGUGCUAUGAGCGGCCCCGUGCUUCUGUCGUAACCGUGUCGAGUGCCGGACAAAUCCGAAUCUUAUGACGUUUGCUAUGUUCGAUAACGCAUUAUUGUGGAUAGUUUAACGUACAUACAUACAUCAUUAAUUUCAAGGAUACAGAUACCACGAUGGAAUCGAGCGGGCGUUGUGAAGAAAACAACUAGGAACUAUUUUAGAAGAUUGCAACCGAAACUGUGGGACAUUCUCAAUAUGACAAUUACAAUGGGGCGGCUAUGGGUGCUACCGGGGGCGAUGGUGCUCGUGAUUUCGGGCAGCGCGAACGCUCGCGUGGCUGGCAAGAUGGGAGGCUAUUCAAACAAGAUGGGAGGGAAAUCAACAAGUGGAAUUAACGAGGAGAUCAUCUGGAUUAGUAUAAGCAUGGCGAUAGCGAUUGCGGUACUGAUAGCAAUCGCACUGUGCUACAUUUUGAGGGAAAAAUGCAUCAAGCGACAAUCCUACAGGGAGCAGUCAUGACGAUACAAGGAGGAGUUCGCGAAAUAUGCGCUCGCGGAUUCCCUUUCCGAGGUCAACGUACCUUCGUACACGCUUUACCCACAGUACUCACCCGACGGCAACGAAUACUUCUACAAUUUCCAUCGCUUCUCAUACAUCAGAAACAGCUACAAGCUACCGCCCAAAGAUUAUCCCGUCAAAACAAAGGAGGAAAUAUACAUAAAUGCGUGAUAUAUUUAUCGUAAUAAUUUUUUUUAUUUGCACAGCCUAACUCUUUUUAAAUUUUAAUUUUGAUUAAAUAGUGAAUCGUUUUUGUUGUGAAUACAUUAUACACCCAGGAUUGGAUACUUAUAUUCUAACUUCCAUCGACCUCUGUACAUAUAUGAAAUGAAUUUCUAAGUAUCUUGUCAAAGGAGUAAUUACGCGGUACUUAAUGCAAAGGAAUUGAAUUUCCAUUUAGCUGUGAUAGAUAAUUUGGUUCCAGAAUUUACAAAAAAGUAGGUAUAUAUCUACAUACCUACGUAAAAUCUCCUGUUUUAAGUGUUUCUCUUUUGUAUAGUCAUUAAAAUAUACUUCUCAAAUUAAUAGACUGUUCUUAUUAAAAUAGUAGAAUGUAAAUGGUAUUUUCAUUAAUAAAAGGAUUCAACAUACAUUAUAUACGCAUUAAAUAAAGUUAAGGUUUAAGUUUUCGUUCUUCAUUUAUUUACAAAUAUUAAGCCAAGUAGAUUAUUAUCUACCUAUUUCAAUAAUAUAAAAUUUACAAAUAAACAUUUUAGAUAUAUAGAAAAAUAUUGGUUUCAAAAUUAAAUUUAUAAUAUGAUAAUUUUAAUAUUUCUUGGAAAAUGUCACUAAUCCAUGAAAUUAGUACCUGGAAACGGGUGCGCGAGUAUGUUAAGCAAGUGCUUAUACAAAAGCUCUAUUUAGUGCUAUUGCUUUUAAAGUAUUUGUACGUUAUCAUAAAGUAAUAUUCAACUGUACUAUUUACUGUUUAACAUACUUUUUAAAAGCUCCGAAAUUUGUAAAAUUUAUUAUAGGUUUGUCGACCAUUUUCAUAAAUUUUAAGUCUAUUUGUAAAUAUGUUUAAGACUAAAAUGAUGUUAAAAAUUAUUUAAUGAUUAUUGUUAUUAUUAUUUUACUGUACUCUACGUAUCUGUUAUUUAAGUACUAUUGUAUUUGUUAAGUAUUCGGUACCUUUAUGUAUGAUACAGGAAAUUCUAUAAAUUACACACACAGACCUACCUAAUUUUAAAUGUAUUUAAUAUUUAUAACGAUCGUAGUGAAUAAUGAAAAAUAGGUUUAGAAUUGUUUAGGUUAUAAAUGUAUUAUAAAUAUAUUAUAUAUAAAUGUAUUAUAUAAAACAUGGUUAAAGCAGAGUAUAUGUACUUUACAGACCAACAAAAUAUAAGCUAACGCGAUCUUAAUGUUUUAGAACGAAAUAAAGUGAUCUUCGAUACGAUAAAA